AAGUUAUCCUGGGAUGGCCUGGGCCCAAGUCACAGUCCACAGAGCAACUGAAAAAUGGUGCCCUCAGCUCCUUAUCAUCUGCUAGUGCCAACAUUACAUGGGCUAUAGUACCAUCUGCAGCCCAGGAUGGACAAGCACUACAGCCAAAUACAGAGCAUUCAGCUUCUGAGUUGAUCCUAGUUGAAGAUGAAAUAACAGAUACAGAAGAUAAUGAAGAGGAGGAUUUAGGAGUCAUGGAUGAUCAACGUAGUGUGAUUCUCCAUCUCAUCUCUCAGCUCAAACUUGGCAUGGACCUUACCAGGGUAGUGCUUCCAACAUUUAUUUUGGAGAAAAGAUCCCUGCUGGAGAUGUAUGCAAAUUUCAUGGCCCAUCCAGACCUGUUUUUGUCAAUUGCAGCUGGAGCCACUCCUGAGGAAAGAAUUAUCUGCUUUGUGGAGUAUUAUCUAACAGCUUUUCACGAAGGCCGAAAGGGAGCGGUUGCCAAGAAGCCCUAUAACCCUAUAAUUGGUGAAACGUUUCACUGCUCGUGGGAUGUGCCUAAAGAUAAAGUGAAAGCAUUCAGAACUAAUGGUGCCUCUGCGGUUUCUAAGGACCCAACCAAGGAGUCUGGCCAGGACCAGUCCGCGUGCUACAAGCUGAGGUUUGUAGCUGAACAAGUAUCCCAUCACCCACCGGUAUCUUGCUUUUACUGUGAGUGCAAAGAGAAGAAAAUGUGUGUGAACGCUCACGUAUGGACCAAAAGCAAGUUUAUGGGCAUGUCAAUAGGUGUUUCUAUGGUAGGUGAAGGUGUUCUUUACUUGAUGGAACAUGAAGAAGAAUAUGUUUUCACCCUACCUAGUGCUUAUGCUCGCUCGAUACUUACCAUCCCAUGGGUGGAGCUUGGAGGGAAAGUCAACAUUAAUUGUGCCAGAACGGGCUAUUCUGCUACGGUCACAUUCCACACCAAGCCGUUCUACGGAGGGAAGGUCCACAGGGUUACAGCUGAAGUGAAACACAAUCCCACUAACACCAUUGUCUGCAAGGCACAGGGAGAAUGGAAUGGCACCCUGGAAUUUACUUACAGCAACGGAGAAACCAAAGUGAUCGACACGACCAAGCUGCCUGUUAUCAGGAAAAGGAUUCGGCCGAUAGCAAAGCAAGGCCCACUGGAGUCCAGGCACCUUUGGCAGCACGUCACCAGUUCUCUGAAAGAGGGGAAUAUCGAUGCAGCAACAGAACACAAGCACCGCCUGGAAGAGAGACAGCGGGCAGAGGAGAGGCAGCGUGUGGCUCUCGCAGUGCCGUGGAAACCAAAAUACUUUGCCAAAGAGGGCGAUGGUUGGCUAUACUUGAAUCCUCUCUGGAAGACCCACUGAUGGGAUAGAGCAGUUGCCUCAUAACUUUACCUUAAAGGCAUUAAAAUGAUACAGUAUAUA